UACUGUAUGUGGAGCAGUGUACAGUGAAGCGGAGGCAGAGCGGCUCCGCGAGCUCCUCUCCACUUUCCCAUAGAGAACCCCUGACUGGUCGCGGAGGGCGAGCCACACAGACGCCCUCACGGCGGGCGAGCCCGCGAGGUCACUAUCAUAUGACAAAGGCUUUGCUGCAGUUCAUCUCCUCCUUGUGUACUUUCCAUUUGCCUUCCUGGGAUAACAUUUGACACUCUGCUUUGCAGUAGUCAUCCUCCAGGAAUCCCACCAAUGACGCAGUCCCAGCUUUUAAUUCCCAUUUCUUGAAUUCUCUUGUGAACAUUGCCUGCAACUAAUCCUGCUGCAUCACGGGAGCUGGGGAUUCUGAUGUUCCAUUGAAAUCACAAUGGAAAGUCUUGACUUGACCGGUACCCUCAGGAAGACCCCACGCCUCUAGCGGUACCUGGUAUCAUCUCCAGCAUGUUUAUAGAUGUGAAGGAUUCGCUGGGAUAUUGAGAAAUACCAGAGGCGAACUGUUCCACUGUUAGUCACAGUAAUGAAAGGCAGUAAUAGAAAUAAAGAUCAUUCAACUGAAGGAGAAGGGGCUGGAAAAAGACCCAAACGAAAGUGUCUUCAGUGGCAUCCAUUGCUCGCAAAGAAACCCGUUGACUUUUCAGAAGAGGAGGAAGAGGAAGACGAAGAGGAGGAUAUUGAUAAGGUUCAACUUCUUGGGGCUGAUGGCCUAGAGCAAGAUGUUGGUGAGACUGAAGAUGAUGAAUCACCAGAACAGCGAGCCCGCAGACCAAUGAAUGCAUUUCUCUUAUUUUGCAAACGCCAUCGCUCCCUUGUACGUCAGAAACACCCCAGGCUUGAUAACCGAGGUGCUACCAAGAUACUAGCUGAUUGGUGGGCUGUUCUCGAUCCAGAGGAGAAGCAGAAAUACACAGACAUGGCCAAGGAGUAUAAAGAUGCAUUUAUGAAAGCAAAUCCUGGCUACAAAUGGUGUCCUACCACAAACAAGCCUGUGAAAUCCCCAACACCCGCUGUCAAUCCACGGAAGAAAUUAUGGGCCUUCCCAUCUGACUCUUCAAAAGACUUGCCAAGCCCCAAGAAAGCAAAGACUGAAGAAAUGCCUCAGCUGAACUUUGGAAUGGCCGAUCCUACUCAGAUGGGAGGACUGAGCAUGCUGCUUUUAGCUGGAGAACAUGCUCUUGGCACAUCAGAGAUGUCCUCUGGCACUUGCAGGCCCGAUGUUUCAGAAUCCCCUGAGUUGCGUCAGAAGUCACCAUUAUUUCAGUUUGCUGAGAUAUCUUCAAGUACAUCCCACCCCGAUGCUCCUACAAAACAGUGUCAAGCAUCAGCCUUGUUUCAGUUUGCAGAGAUUUCUUCAAACACUUCGCAUCUGGGUGGUGCCGAACCUGUAAAACGCUGCGGAAAGUCUGCACUCUUUCAACUAGCGGAGAUGUGUCUGGCAUCAGAGGGGGUGAAAAUGGAAGAAUCCAAGCUAAUAAAAGCAAAAGAAUCAGAUGGCGGAAGGAUUAAAGAAUUGGAGAAGGGAAAGGAAGAAAGAGAAAUAAAAAUGGAGAAAACAGAUGAAGCCAGGUUACAGAAGGAAGCCGAAUUUGAAAAAUCAUUUAAGGAAAAUGUAAAAGAUUCCAAGGAAUUAAGAAAUUUUGAGGAGCUGCGAAUGGAUAAUAUAAUGGCUAUAAAAAUGGAAGAUCCCAAAGAAACUAAAAAGGAAGAAUUAGAUGAAGAUCAAAAAUGUGGUCACUUCUCUGAUUUUUCUUACUCUGCCAGUAGCAAGAUAAUAAUAAGCGAUGUUCCCAGCAGAAAGGAUCACAUGUGCCAUCCUCAUGGAAUUAUGAUCAUUGAGGAUCCCAUGGCAUUAAACAAACCAGAAAAGCUAAAGAAGAAAAAGAAGAAAAGCAAAGUGGAUCGACAUGGAAAUGAUAAAUCCACACCCAAGAAGACUUGCAAAAAGAGGCAGUCCUCAGAGUCUGAUAUUGAGAGUGUCAUAUACACCAUUGAAGCUGUCGCCAAGGGAGACUGGGGCAUUGAGAAACUUGGGGAAACCCCUCGCAAGAAGGCCCGCACAUCCUCGAGUGGCAAGGGAAACAUUUUGGAUGCCAAACCACCAAAGAAAAAAGUGAAAUCAAGAGAGAAGAAAAUGUCAAAGGAGAAAUCCUCAGAUACCACCAAAGAGUCAAGAUCUCCAGAUCUCAUUAGUAUCUCUGCCAGCAAGAACAUUUCUGGUGAGGUGCCAGAGGGUAUAAAAGGAGAACCAUUGACCCCCACGGAGGAUGCAUUACCAUCCAGCUUAUCAGGACAGGCCAAGGCUGAGGACAGUGAGUGUCACAGAAAGAUAGAGACUUGUGGCUCCCGGAAAUCUGAGAGGUCUUGCAAAGGUGCUCUUUAUAAAACCCUGGUGUCUGAGGGCAUGCUCACCUCUCUGAGAGCUAAUGUUGACAGAGGGAAACGAAGCUCAGGAAAAGGAAACUCCUCUGAUCAUGAAGGGUGUUGGAAUGAAGAAAGCUGGAUGUUUAGCCAGAGUGGGACCAGUGGAAGCAAGAAGUUCAAGAAGACAAAGCUGAAGGAAGACUCUCUCCUUGGCUCAGCAAAGCUGGAUGAAGAAUUUGAAAAAAAAUUCAACAGCCUCCCUCAAUAUAGUCCUGUUACAUUUGACCGGAAAUGUGUACCUGUUCCAAGAAAAAAGAAGAAGACUGGAAACAUGUCCUCAGAACCGACUAAAACCAGCAAAGGUCCUUUCCAGUCUCAGAAAAAGAACUUAUUCCACAAAAUUGUCAGCAAAUAUAAGCACAAAAAGGAGAAGCCUAAUGUUCCAGAAAAAGGAAGUGGGGAUAAAUGGUCGAACAAGCAAUUCUUCUUGGAUGCCAUUCACCCUACAGAAGCCAUAUUUACUGAAGACAAAAACACCACAGAGCCUGCUCAUAAGGUUAAAAAUGCCCCAUCCAUUCCCAACACUCCAGAGCCAACAGCAACGCAAGAACCCCUGGUGGGCAGCCAAAAGAGAAAAGCAAGGAAAACCAAGAUCACACACCUGGUCAGGACAGCAGAUGGCCGGGUGUCACCAGCAGGAGAUGACAAACCAAAGGAGCAACUGCACCGGCGUCUCCCUAAAGUGACCGAGACAGGCUGCAAUGACGAGUGUGCACACAGCACCGAGGCUGCUGAGACCCGGAGCAGCACUCCCGAGAUGCCGGCCGUGUCUGCGUUCUUUAGCCUGGCAGCGCUGGCUGAAGUGGCCGCCAUGGAAAACGUGCACAGAGGUCAGAGGUCAACUCCGCUCACCCACGAUGGACAGCCAAAAGAAAUGCCACAGGCUCCUGUACUUAUUUCCUGCGCUGACCAGUGAAGCGCCCUUUAAUUUGUAAAACAUUGUGCUUUACCUACUACCCUAGCCUUGUCUUUACCGAGGGAUGCUCGUAAGUCUGUGUGGUGGGAAAUAUAGCCUGCAAACAAGUGCUUGUUGCCCUACAUGGCCCAGAUUCACUUGAAGCAGAAGUUAGCCUCCUGGGCCUAUUUGUUCUUUGAGGAUGAUGUUAUCUGUUUGAUAAUGAGCAGAAAUGGAAUGAUCCUGGAGCUCUGCUUUCUAUUGAAGGCUGUUGACGGUAAUAGGUGGUAACUUGGUAAAAGCCUGCCUUUACUGUAGCUCAUCCAGCAUCUCUUUUACCAACCAGAGAGUGUGAAAUUAGUUUCAUAUAUUACCUAGUUAUUCUUUCAAAACAAAAACAAAAAACAAAAAAACAAACUGACGCACUGCACUAGUUAUUAGAUAUUCUUAGUCUUUUUUGUACAUGGAGAUUUAAGUUCUAAGAUGGUUUAUAUAAUAGGUUAUACCUACAUUUAUAUUGUAGAAUAAUAUUAAAAAGCCUGUUCCGAGACUCCCACGCAGCACGGGCAGGCAGAUGUACCAUUGUUAGCGGUGUAUGCUCGGCCUUGUGGUCCAUAUAUUCUGCACUUUUAUAUUUGCCACCAGAGUGGUAGUUUGCUGGCAAAAAGAAAAAAAGAAUAAGAAAAAAAUUACAAUUCUUACAAGCUGAAUUUUUUUCUUAGCCUUGAGUGACCAAGAAGAAUUUGCUUGGGGCAAAUUGUGGCAAAUAUUUUCCCAGAGAGGGGAAGAGUCCUGCAGAUUACAGAUUACUGAUGUUUUCAUGCCUUGAGGAUUCUUUUAUUUUUACACAGGGGUCUACGUGACCAAUGGAUCGUUCAUACAAACAAACAAAAAAAAAGAGAAAAAUAUUAUUCAGAAGUGACCUUAGUAUUACUUCACUAUCCUGAACACAUUGAAGACGCUCACUCACGUGGACUUUGAGCCACAGACCUUUUCCAUCCAUCCCAGACAGACUGGACGGGUAGCGACUGCUAUGCACAGCCUCAUUGGCACUGCAGGUUUUUAGAGCCAUUUCAAGUUUGUGGUGUUAAGGAGGAAUUGAGUAAAUGAAAAGGGAGGUAUGCCUGACCAGAGUGGGACUCUGUCAUAGAUCCACCUGCGAGUUUCUGUUUCCUUGCUGUGUUUUGUUGCUUUUGAACAUAAAAGCCACUAUACAUAUGCCAGUGCCAACUGGAUUAACUGGCUUAGAACAUUCAACAUAUUGACUUCACCACCUGACGUUCACAGUGUCUUGUUUCCUAGCAACAGAUGUAAGUGAUAAAUCAAAAUUAGUCAGAGGCUACAGAUUUUACAGGGUAUUUGUUCCAUAGCACAAAGUACUUCCCCACUCUUGCAUCACAGCACAAACUACCAAAUUUCAAAUAUUGGAGUCCAGCAAUAAUUUUUAUUGAUUUUCAAACUGGCGGAAUUUUGAUAGUGUUAGUUCAAGUCUGAAGCUUUUGAAUUAGAUCUCUAACUGGUGACAGUUUACAAGGUUUUAUCUAGCUUUCUUAUUUAUACUUGACUGAAUUGUAAUGAUGAUUUUUUUUCUAAUUGUAAUUUGAUCUAAUAGCCAUAUAAAAAAAAGACUCUUAUUAGUCCUGACUAGGUUUAGCUUUUCAUGGUUGUAGAUAUUACUUCAGUUUCGGUGCUGGAAAAUAUGUACAACAUACUAACAGAACUGAAGAAGAAUAUAGAGAGACAUUUUUUUAAAAGCAGGUAAAGAGGCCAGCAGAGCAUUGGUGUGGUGUUCUCAAAGAUGCAUGUACUCAUUGUGCGAAUGGAGGAAGAAAGAAUUAGUAAGCAAGGUUAAUCAGAGAUUAAAACUUAACCCCAUUCACCUAGAAAUAAAUCAGGUGAGCAACCCCAGAUUUCAGCCUAAUGUUUUUACUAUGAUGCUAUUUUAUUAAUAUUUUCUAAAUCUCAAAACACAAAUUGAAUGUUUGGAAAUUGCUGGGUCCCAGUGUUGGUGGCUGUUGGGAGUUUUUGGACCACUUGCUAGCAGUGAUUUUAAAAUUAUUAGCUAAAAUCCAAAAAAAAAAAAAACCCAACACAAAUUGUAUGGUGCAGAACAUGCACCUUGACAAUGGUACUAACUUGUUAUUCUAUAGAACACUUUAGAAUAGAUCUAUUUUUGCCAGAGCACCCUCCUUCAGUCCUCCGAUUACAUUUCACUAGAGUUCCUCAAGAGAUUGCUGUAUAUUCAUGGGACCUUUUUUUUAAAAAGAAGCAAAACGAAAGAUUGCUUUUUUUCUAUGUGAUUAAUAUCUUACUUGAUCUGCUUUUCCUAAACCUCAGUGGCUUUUCCCUUAAGCAGGG